AUGGAGGGAAACGGCAGAGAACAGGAGAACACUGACGACGCUCCCAUUAGACCCGUCUCCUCUUUGCUCUCACACUUUGAGAACCUCUCCCAUACUCAGCCGCGUGCGUCAUCUGCUUUUGGUACUAGCCCACGCGACUCGUCUAGUCGCUUCUUGAAGACCCCCGAACCUGUCGACGAGCCCCGAUCUAGUCGCGCCUCCUUGGAUUUACCUCGACCACAUUCCCCAUGGACUACGACGGGUGAUGAGAGACCAUUGCGCGAAAAUGGACAGAACAAUGGCGAUCAGCUGCGGGCACGCGGAUCCCCCGGAGGGAGAUAUGGCCGGCCUAUUUCGAUGAGCAUUCACCAUUCGUCGCCACAGCUUCCGCCUACGUUGACCGUUCAUUCUCCCAAGUCGCCGCCGCGGAACAUGGAGCGUGAGCGUCGCUCGCCUCCUCAGGAUGACCGUCGUAUAUCUCGAAGCUCGAUCUACUUCCCUCGAGAGUCGGUCUCCGCAGGGGUCUCGGCUGCGCCUCGGCCUCGUCCGGUGACGCCGCAGUUCGGCUCGUCGGUGCCUGCGGCGGAGACAAUGGAGCGGCUGUCGCCGGGUAUCCCCACGGCGAAUGGGCGUAGUAGCCCCGCAGACCGCAAGCUGAAGAGUGCAUCAUUGCCCCCGCCAGCGAACCGGGCUGAGAAGCCGAAGAUCCCUGCCAAGCCGGCGAUGUUCUCGCAUCCUGAUACCGGCAACCUAGCUCCCCGGCAGGAUCGACCGUCAGCGGAUGACCAUGUCUCGCCGUUUAGCACUCCCCCGAGUAGCCCGGAGAAGGCGCCGCUCAAGCCGAUGUCUACGGGGAAGCUCCCACCGAAACCACCUGGACGGCCUAUUACGGAACCUCCUAGUCGGCGCUCUUUCGAUGAACGGUCACCAGCACCGUCAGCUCCCGCAAGACCCGACCCUAGGGAUCUAGGCUUCUCCAGGUCUCGGCCAGCCCUUGAACCAUCUCGAGCUACCAAACCCCUGAGCGUGCAAAUCCCACCUCCCUCUCCUGGGAUCAUCGAUCCUGCGUCGACGGCUCCACCCCUCUCUGCGCAGAGACUCAGGGCUAGUGACAGUCCUUGGGAUCGUCCAGGACUCCCUCCAAGAUCAAAUUCUACAGCAGUGCGUCGAAGAGGACCUUCGCCCGCCAGAGACCCUCCACAGACGGUGGCCAGUCCAGCUCAAAUGACGCCUAUCGCCCGAUCUGUGCCUUCGUUCACACCUAUCAACAAAGAAAGUCAAGCUCCGCGUCCAGUUGCGCGACAACAGUCAUUGCCGCGCGAGUCGCUUAUGCCGUCUUACCCGGAGCGGCGUGUGGUUCGAACGGAUACGGAAGAAGAGGAGCCGAUGGCCGACGAGGGUCCAGUCUCAAGGACGGAUUAUCCCGAUGCCUCCCAGGCCAAUAGACGUCCUCCUCUUUUCAAGACAGGGCCAAGAGAGAUUCAUACUAGGUACGACACUCGACUGCUCGCCGUGUGUGGUAAGUAUGUCUGUACGACUGGGUAUUUGACUCGAGUCUGGGAUCUUACUACUGGUGAGCAAGUGAUGAGCCUGAGUCACGGCGAGACGGUGAAAAGCUUGUCUCUAGCCUUUAAGCCAGGCACAGCGCUUGAGGAUGAAGGACAACGUAUCUGGCUUGGGACUAGUGCGGGAGAACUACAUGAAGUUGAUAUUCCAACCAACGCCAUCGUGGCUACUCGAUCGUAUCCAUCUCGUCGCGAAGUCAUUCAGAUUUUGCGACACAAGAAAGAAAUGUGGACGCUGGACGAUGAAGGGCGGCUGCUGGUUUGGCCGCCAGAUGAGACUGGCACGCCUAAUCUGCAGUAUAGCUAUCACAGCCCUCAUGAGCGUGUCGCACGAGGCCACACCUUUUCGAUCGUUGUGGAUGACAAGUUAUGGCUGGCGUCUGGCAAAGAUGUUUAUAUCUAUCGUCCCAAUACGCGGGACGACUCUGCCUUCAAAGUUCUCAAGCGACCACUGGGUCAACAACAUUCUGGAGAUGUGACUUCCGGCACCUAUACCACCCAGGACGGCGGCCGUGUAUACCUGGGACAUGCGGAUGGUAAGGUCACCGUAUAUUCCUCAACGGACUACUCCUGCUUGGCAGUGGUGAAUGUGAGUGUUUACAAGAUCAACUGCCUCGGCAUGGUGGGAGACUAUCUUUGGGCAGCGUAUAAAACAGGUAUGAUUUACGUUUACGACGUCAAGACCAAUCCUUGGACGGUGAAGAAGGAUUGGCGUGCCCAUGACAGUCCCGUCUGCGGCUUCGUGCUGGACACAAGUAGCGUGUGGACGAUGAAUCGCCUCCAGGUGACGUCCCUAGGAACGGAUAACACUAUCCGGAUUUGGGAUGGUAUGCUGGAGGAUGACUGGCUAGAGAACCGCAUGCAAACCAGAGAUGUCGAGUUUUGCAAGUUCCGUGAGAUUCGGACGGUUAUUGUUACUUGGAAUGCUGGAGCAUCAACCCCUGGUAGUAUCCGCACGUCAGAUUUCAUCCGAGAUGCUGUUCACCCGGAGGAUCCGCCUGAUAUUAUUGUUUUUGGGUUCCAAGAGUUGGUUGACCUUGAGAAUAAGAAGAUCACAGCCAAGAGCUUGUUGCUUGGAAGUAAGAAGAAGGAAAACGGCGAAAAGGAACAUAUGAGUCGGCAGUACCGGGUUUGGAUUGAUCAUCUCACCCGAUCUUUGCACGAAUGCAUGCCUCUUGAGGAAUCUUACGUUCUUCUUCAUACUUCGAACAUGGUUGGACUGUUCACCUGCGUCUUUGUUAAGCACAAGGAACGUCAUAACAUCAGCAAUAUCAGCGCAUCGGAGAUCAAGCGGGGAAUGGGAGGAUUGCACGGAAACAAGGGUGCAUUGAUCUUCCGCUUUGUCCUCGACGAUAGCUCGCUGUGCUUUGUCAAUUGCCAUCUUGCUGCUGGCCAGACACAAACUGCCCAUCGCAAUAACGACAUUGCGGCCAUUCUCGAAGCCGAGACCCUACCACCCGAGAACAGUCUCACAGUUCGCACCGAUCAGUUCGCUAGUGGCGGUGACGGUUCGAUGAUCAUGGAUCAUGAGAUCUGUAUCUUGAACGGAGACUUGAACUACCGUAUCGAUGCCAUCCCACGUAAUGUCAUCAUCGACGCCGUCCGGCAGAACAAUCUCCCCAAACUUCUGGAACGUGAUCAACUCUUGGCUUCUCGACGAAAGAACCCGGGUUUCCGACUCCGCAGCUUCACCGAGGCACCUAUCACCUUUGCGCCGACUUAUAAAUAUGAUGUCGGCACUGACCAGUACGAUACGAGUGAGAAGAAGCGCUCCCCUGCCUGGUGCGACCGCGUUCUUUACCGUGGCCUGGGCCGUGUCAAACAGCUCGAGUAUCGUCGGCAUGAAGUUCGUGCCUCUGAUCAUCGGCCCGUCAGUGCGACCUUUAAGGUUCGCGUUAAGACGGUGAUGCCGCAGGAACGCGCUGUGACAUGGGAAGCGUGUCAGCAGGACUUUCAAAAUGAGAAGCGACGACUGGCUUCGGAGGCUAGCAUCGAGUAUCUCAUUACGGUCCUUGGCACUGAUCCCCGCCAGGCUCGUGGGUUGAUCCUUGGCAAGGGUCAAUAG